UCCCCUGUGUCCACUUGUUUUUGACAACCAAACAUGGCUGCACUCCAGAACGCUGAAGCUUGAAGAUUUCCUCAAAUAAACGAGCACUGUUGCAAACAUGGCGAUGGAUCCAAUGUUUCUUGCAACAAGCUUUUUCAGAAGACGCAAAUUUGACGAAUGUGUUGAAGUUUGUACGAAAUUACUGAUAAAAAAUCCUUAUGAUCAGGCAGCAUGGUUUCUAAAGACUAGAGCUCUGACAGAACAGACUUAUGUGGAUGAAGUUGAAGUGGAUGAAGAGGGUAUUGCAGAGGUUUUGAUGGAUGACACUGCAAUUGCACAAGUUGCAAGACCUGGUACAUCAAUGAAGAAGCCAGGAACUAGUCAAGGAGGACCAAGUCAAUCAGUGAGACCUGUUUCAUCAGCAGGCAGACCAUUAAGUGGAUUUGUCAGGCCUGGGACUCAAUCCGGAAGACCAGGUACAAUGGAGCAAGCAAUUAGAACUCCUAGGACUGCAAGCACAGCAAGACCUGUAACCAGUGCAUCAGGAAGAUUUGUCAGACUUGGCACUGCCUCCAUGUUGUCUCAGCCUGAUGGUCCAUUCAUAAACCUCUCAAAAAUAAAUUUUGGAAAAUAUGCACAAAGACCAAACUUGGCAAAGGCCUUAUUUGAGUACAUCUUCCACCACGAAAAUGACGUCAGAAAUGCUCUACAGUUAGCUGCUCUUGCAACUGAAGCAUCAGAGUUCAAGGACUGGUGGUGGAAAGUUCAGCUCGGAAAAUGUUAUUUUAGACUUGGUUUAUACAGAGAUGCGGAGAGGCAAUUAAAAUCAGCUUUGCGAGAUCAAGAAACCGUGGACGCAUUUUUGUAUCUAUGCAAAGUCUACGUAAGACUAGACCAGCCUCUCACUGGAAUUGAAGUUCUCCUAAAGGGCAUUGAUAGGUUUCCUGGCGAAACAAUGAUGCUAACGGGAAUUGCUAGAAUCUAUGAGGCAAUGGCUGACACAGAAAAUUCUGUAAAAUUUUACAAAGAGGUUUUGCAGCAUGAUAACACGCAUGUUGAGGCUAUCGCGUGCAUUGGGACAAACCACUUUUACUCUGACCAGCCUGAGGUGGCAUUGAAGUUUUUCAGGCGACUUCUACAAAUGGGUGUGUACAAUUCAGAAAUUUUCAACAACAUUGGACUCUGCUGCUUCUUCUCACAACAAUACGAUAUGGCCUUGAGCUGCUUCGAAAGGGCGCUUUCAAUGGCAACCGAUGAAAAUAUGGCGGACAUCUGGUAUAAUAUCAGUCACAUUGCCAUUAAUAUAGGCGAUAUGAGCCUUGCAUAUCAGUGCCUAAGGCUUUCUUUGGCAUCUGAUAAUAACCACGCUGAAGCAUUUAAUAAUCUUGGUGUUCUCGAGAUGCGAAAGAGGCGCCCUGAUCAGGUAGAACAGGCAAAGUCGUUUUUCAAGUCAGCGAUCCAGCUCUCAGAUCAAAUGUACGAGCCACAAUACAAUUUAGCACAUUUGUCAGAAAAGAUGGGGGAUGUACAGACCAGUUUUAAAUCGGUCGAGAAAUCAGUGGAAAUCUACCCGGAGCAUUGUGAGGGCAAAGACUUGUUGAAACAGCUGAAAGAACACCUGGCAAGUGUCUAAGAUUCUGAACCAUGGAUAGAUAAGUAUUCAAUGUAAAUAAAUCUGUAAAAAUAUCAGUUAAUUAUUUGAAGAAUCCUGCAGUAGUCACAGUUCCGUCCUAGUUUAAGAGAAAAGGUUGAAUCCUUUAUUGAAAAUUGUUGUUUUAUCAUGCCAAAUAACUGUG